AUGAAAAUGUUGACUCCAGGUAAAUAUAUGAUAAAAGUUAAAGUAAGGCAUUGCAGAUUUACUGAUCAUGAGUCUGCGUAUAAAAUUCUAGACGGUCAAAUGGAUUUUUUUAACCGAACACCUAUCAAAAAUGAUAUCUUGAGUAUUAUUGGACACCUCAGUUCAAGGAAAAAAAGCGUACAUCCUCUGUGCACUGGCAACCAUCUGAUCACGAGUUCCCGUGAAAUACGCCCUUCUACAUUUCAUUUGGACGAAUCACAUAGUUUUCAUUUCGAGCACGAAAAAUCUGAUAUAGGAAAAAAUUCGUCGUUCACUGUAGAAAAUACCAGCGCACCUUCUGGUAAAAAGUCACCAAUGCAAGCACUUUUAAAGACUAACUCGCAUUGUAAUUCAAGUAUCCUGGGAAACUCCUACUGUAAAAGUAACAACUUUGGUGAUUAUGAAUCUUUAAACUUCUUUGAACCAAAGACAACUCAGGCAGUUUUCAGUGAUGAUCUCGUUGCACAAUCAUCCGCACUAACUACAUCAGUGCUCAAAUAUAACGUUGAUACAAGUACCAAAGAGAAUGUUAUCCCUAGUGAUAGCGACGAUAAUUUCUUUACAACGUUUCUGGAAUCCUCCAAAGCUGACGUAGACAAGUCAAUUUCUAGUAGUGACUCAAAUAAAAAAUCACCUGAUCAGACAGCUAACCGUAGUUCUAACAAUAUCAAAUCACAUGCUAGCAGUAGUGAUGAUGAUGAUACAUUUGAAAACUUUUUGAAAUCCCAGCAAACCAAGAUAAAUAAAAUUGAGGUUAAUCAAGUCAGUGAAUGGUCAUCUUGGGAUUCUGAUGACGAUGAUAGGUCGAGUUGUGAUUCGCCAUAUCAAACGUUUUACUACAGAGUCAACAACAAGUUGCAUUUGUCUGAUACCACAAAAUUACCAUCAAGAUCAUCAGAAUCGAAACUUUCUGAUUCUAAGAAAAAAUAUGUUCCAGAUAGAAAAACUCAGUCAUGUGCUGUUCAAGUUUCAAAGUAUCCGCAUAUUUCUAAAUAUCAGAAAAUUUCAUAUAAGAUAGAACAGCGUAAUUCGCAAUGUGUAUCUACGGAGGAAUUCGUUUAUUCUCUUUAUCCAGUUGACAAUAAUGAUAACAGGAAGCAGACAUCACACGAGAAACUUCGUCAUCCUGAUGCGUUAAAAUUUGUUCAAAAGUUUAAGACAAAUCGAUCUGAAUUAGCUGAAAAAUUAUACCAAAUUUACAAUGAAAAGAUAUUUUCUAACCAAUUACCACCAAAGUUAGAGAUUAUAUGGAGUCGUCGACUAUUGAAAACUGCUGGUCUUUGCAAGUACAUGAUGCGUACAUCCACUCAUUCAAACGGAACAUCUAAUCAGGUUCGUAUCGCUCAGAUUUUGUUAUCGGAAAAAGUAUGCACCACAGCUGAGCGCGUUCGCGAUACCCUGCUGCACGAGAUUUGUCACGCUGCUGUUUGGUUGAUUAAUGGUUUAAAUGAUGGUCAUGGACGACACUGGAAAUCUUGGGCUAACCGUGUUCAUCGAGUUUGGCCGAAGCUGCCUGUGGUUUCUGUUUGUCACGCAUAUACAAUUGAUACACGAUUCACAUAUCGAUGCACAGGGUGUGGUGUAUGUAUUAAUCGACAUAGCAAAUCUUUGGAUAUUACUAAAAAGAUAUGUGGUCAUUGUCGUUCGAAGUUUGAAUUACUCAUUAAUACACCUAAAGGUCGUAUGCUUCGACCCAGUUUAGCUGCACAAUAUGAUAAACGUCUUCUCCCGCAUUGUUCUUCCAAUAAUGUAACUAAAAUGCCUUGUGAACUAGAAAAGUAUCAGUUGUCUAGAACUCUAGAUGAAAAUAAUCGAAAUCACAAUGUUGAAAAUGGACUAUCAAAUAUGUUCAGGGACUUACGAGUUAAAUGA